CAGCUUGGUUUUUUGUGGGCUUUGUUGUGGCUUUCUCUGAUCUACUCCCUCCGUCCCAUAAUGUAAGACGUUUUUUAGUGUCAAAAAACGUAUUACAUUAUGGGACGGAGGGAGUAGUUAUUAUCACGUUUGGUGGGCUUGGAGAGAGGCUCCCAACGAAAUUAUGCACGAGUGAUAGCCUGCGUUGUUGGCCUUUUUUUCCCUAAAGAAAAGUUAAAGUUCUGGGCUUUCCAUACGCAGCGUGACAUUUCCCCUCUGGCCCUCUCCGCUCCACUCCAACAGAUCCCCGCACGAGCUGUGAGGAGGGCGAUAUGACGCCCAGGCCCAGCCUUCGCCGCCGCCCCAGCUCGCCGGCGUCGGCGCCGCCGCUGGACGACGACGACCUCCUCUCCGAGAUCCUCCUCCGUCUCCCUCCGCAGCCGUCCUCCCUCCCACGCGCCUCCGCGGUCUGCAAGCGCUGGCGCGGCCUCGUCUCCGACCCCGGCUUCCUCAGCCGCUUCCGGAUCCACCACCGCCGCCACCCUCCCCUCCUCGGCUGCUUCGUCAAAACUUCCGACGAGCUCUACUUCGAGCCUACCCUGGAGCCCCCAACCAUGUCCCGCGCGCCCGCUUCUCCCUUCAGAAACUCCCCCGCGACAGCUUCCUGCUCCUCGGAUGCCGCCAUGGCCUCGUGCUAACCUUCGACUGGAGGAAGUUGCAGAUCCUGGUGUGGGAUCUCGCCAACGGCCUCCAGCAAAGCAUCGCCUUCCCCCCGGGGUUUCACAUGGUGGAGACCCUGAUCCACCUCCAGGGGGCAGUGCUUCGUGCUGCCGCAGACGGCCAGCACUUCCAGGUGUGUUUGGUAGGCUUGGAGAGAGGCUCCCAACAAAAUUAUGCGCGAGUGAUAGCCUGCGUUUACUCGUCCGAGACCGGCAGCUGGGGUAAUCUCGUCUCAACAGCAUUUCCAUCCGUGCCUUAUCUGCAUGUAGAUCCCACCAUCGUUUUCAUGGCCAAGCCCGGUGUGCUGGUUGGGGAUUUCCUUUACUGGGCGCUUACUGGGAAUUUUGUUCGAAUUAUCGAGUUUGAUCUGAAGAGGCAGAGCCUAGCUGUGAUAGGGAUCCCGGUGGAUAUGGAUUCUUGGAGAGAUUACGAGUACUCAGUUAUGCGGGCUGAUGAUGGUGGGCUUGGCUUCCUCUUUCUGUCAGACUUCAGUGCCCAAUUAUGGAAGAGGAAGACCGAUUGUGAUGGUGCUGCUCCAUGGGUGCUGGGAAGAACUAUUGAACUGGGCAAGCUACUUUCCCUAAAUUUACAUAGUGAGCAGGUGCCCCUAAGGAUUCUAGGAUACGCUGAGGAAAAUAAUGUGGUGUUCUUGUCGACAGUUCACGGUGUCUUCAUGAUCCAGCUUGAUCCAUUGCAGUCAAAUAAUGUGGUGUUCUUGUCGACAGUUCUCGGUGUCUCUCCUCUCUAUUAUCCAUUCGAAAGUAUCUAUACUGCAGGCAUGGGCAUUGCUGGUGGUCAUGAUGGGGCUAAACUUUUGCACAAUGCAUAAGAUGAUUGGUCAGAUUAAUAUGCUAUCAUGAUGUACUGGAUUGGGCAGGUAUCUAGAGUUACAUUCUGGUGGCUAAGAUGCAAUGGCUUGUUGGGUGCGAGUUAUUCCAUUUCAUAUGCUCCACACGGAAAUUAACACUGUGGCAUGCACCGGUGAUUAGUUGAAUCUUCAGCUGAUCCCGUCUAAUGAAUGUUGAACAUAGAAUUGCGCCCAAAGUAGCCGGAAACGGGGAACGGUGGGCCGUCCCUCGAUCCAGAUUCAUCGACCCAGAAUCAGAUUCGGGAAUGAGGGUCGAUUCGGUAAGAUUCGAUGCGGAUUCGACGUUUCCGCAGCCGGAUCAUCGAUUCAGGUUCGGCGACUCGACAGUCGUGGUUCUUGAAUCGAUCGAGUAAGCAAAAGGUCAGCCAUAUCAAUCACGAACUCCUCAUUUUACUCUCUGUCCCGUUCUUUUCCCCUCCCCUAAAUAACUCCUCGUUUUGCUCUCCAAUUACUCCAAGGCUGCUGAUAAAUUUUCCAUUGGGAAGGAGAUGAUUUAUUUUAGUCUUCAUGGAUCGACGAUGCAGCCAGUUGCUCCCAGCCCAGCCAGUUCCCUGUAUAAGUACUCCCUCGGUCCCUCCCAGCCAGUUGCUCCCGGCAUCCAGCGACCAGAGGCACAUGCAGCAGUAGAAAUUCAGAUUCAAAACCAGCCAUGCUUCAGAAGACUUGAUUGCUCGAGGAUCCAAGAGUCCAGUGACAUUCAGGCAUUCAGUUUUCAGAUUCAGAGAUUGCGAUGGCGUUUGGGUCGAAACGUAAGUUAGCAGAUCGGAGUGACAUCGAGGAGGAUGACGCCAAUGAUGUUGAUCUCAUCAAUUCCGAUGAUGAGCGUAAUAGAGGACGCCUCUGAUCAACAAGAUGAAUCUGCCGAGCAUGGUACUGCAAAACCUCCUAAAUCCCUUCUAGAUGAGGUAUUUUUUCUUGAUGCACCUAAAGGGAAGAACUCUGGUGGAUCAAGACCCUGGCGAUACAAACAUUGUGAUAAGAAGUACACAAGUAGUUAUACAAGAAUUCAUCAGCACUUCUUUGGUGUUGGUCCUGGCAAGACGAAACAAAUUGCUCGUUGCUCUGUCGCAAGUGAUCGCUAUCACCAACCUGAGAAAGUACAAGCUUCAGGCUCGGUGCCUAAAAAGCAAUUAGUAGAAGCUUUUGCUGGGGUGGAAAGAGAUGCAGUGGACAUGCAAAUAAUGUUGUUCCUUUGUGCUAAUGGAAUUCCCUUCAAUGUGUUGAGAAGUCCACAAUACUAUGAAAUGGUAGCAGCCAUCCAGAGAGCACCAAAGGGAUACAAACCUCCUGCAUAUGAGAAGGCUAGGACUACUCUUCUAGAUGCAUGUAAGAGAGAGGUGGAGAAUGAUUUGGCUCCGGUUAGACAAACAUUGUAUUCCCAUGGUGUCUGUGUUGUUUCUGACGGAUGGACAAAUAUGAAGAACCAUCCAUUAAUCAACGUAAUAGCAUCGAAUAGCUGUGGUUCAAUGUUUCUGUACGCAGAAGACUUCUCUGGAGAAGAGAAGACAGAGUUGCGGGUGAAGAAAUUCAGAGAGUGCAUAAGCAUAUAUUUUGGUCUCCAUGUGUGGAUCACACACUGAAUCUAGUAUUCAAAGUUUUUGCAAAAAAGUUUGCUUGGAUGGUUGAUACAUACCAGACUGGGAAAGCAAUUGUGAAGUUCUUUAGGAACCACCAGCACUUUCAAGACCUCUUUAGACGCAACUCCAAGUUGGAUCUUUUGAAGGUCUCAAAAACAAGAUUUGCUUCUCAUUAUAUUUUGCUUAAGAGGCUUAUGGAUGUUCGAGAGGCGCUCACAACUACCAUUGUCACAAGCAAGUGGAAGGAACUGGUGAAGGCUUGUGAUGUACAAACAAGAGCAGCAGCAAAUGCGAAUGCCCAAAAUAUCAUUGAUGAGACAUUUUGGGAUGAGAUUAAAAUCAUCCUUGACAUCACAAAACCAUUAUACAUGGUAAUCAAGUUCAGUGACGGAGAAGGUCCAAAAUCUGGUGAUAUAUACGGAAAAAGUGGACAAUAUGCUUGGCGAGAUGCAAGAAGUCAUGACAAGGGAAGAUAACCCUCACAAAGAUGAUUGGUCGAAGGUAAAUGACAUUAUUCUUCAUCGGUGGGGAAAGAUGAACUGGCAUUUUCAUUGCUUAGCGUUUGCUCUUUCUCCUAAGUAUUAUGAUCAAGCCUAUCUUGCAAGUCCUGCUCCUGGUGGUGGUUAAAGGAAAGCUCCAAAUGAUGACAGUGAGGUUAUGGAAGGUAUUAUAGAGGCUCUAAAUAGAAUUGCAGAAGAUAAAAAAGAGUAUGCUCUUUUACGUGAGGAGCUUAACACCUUUAAUGAAGAAAGGUUUGUAUGCAAUAGACGCCGUUCAAGCUGAUGCAGCCACGAUGAAUGCCACAGAAUGGGGGUUCAAUUAUGGCUCACAAACUCCAACUUUAAGUGAGGUGGCAAAGAAAGUCUUGUCUCAGCCAAUAAGCAGCUCCUCUGCCGAAAGAAAUUGGAGUACCUACUCAUUCAUACAUAAUGUAAAGAGAAACAAGUUGAAUGCAACGACAGCCGAUAAGCUUGUCUUUAUUCAUGCAAACGAGCGUCUGAAGAGGAGGUUUUCAGAGGGCUACAAUUCAGGUCCACAUUAUAAGUGGGAUGUUGAGCCUGAGAAUGAUUUGCUGGAGGAUUCAAGCUUGAAGCUUGAGCAGCUGUGUUGGGAUAGCUUGGAGGAUGAAGCAGCUGAUGCUGAACCACCACGCAAAAUUCAGAGGAGUUGAAACACUAGGAAGUGUUCGGUACUCCCUCCUAUCCUUUUUUCUUUGCGCAUAAGUAGAAAUGCGGAUACCAAGGAGGGACUCGAUGUAUAUUUUCUGGACUAUUUUGCCCCUUACAUGCAUGGGGAGAGCCGCGGUAGUUUAAGAGCAAGUAUAAUAGAACUGAGUCAGCGGGCUAUAAGGAAUAAACUAGUAUAUUUCUGCUUAGUUGGAGGAAAGAGAAGAGGAGAGAGAAGGUAAGCGGGCUCUUCGUGAAGAGCCAGCUCUAGCACGUGCUCUUAGGCAUUCUGUGAGAAUGAAAUGUGGGUCACAUAAUAGAAAAGUAGUACACUUUUUUAAUCUACUAUUGUACAUGUUAACUGUAAAAUGGGCUGUAGAUGACAUGACACUGGCUUAUAGCCAGCGGCUGGCUAUACUAUUAACCAUGCUCUAAUUCCCGCAUGCAAGGGAUCAGUAACUGCGUGUACCUGAUUGGGCGGCUCCGUCGGUCUCUUUUUUCUCACCCCACGAGCAAGGCAUGGCCCAUCUGCAUGGCGCGUUUGAUUGGUUACAGCUUUGCUGCGGCUGCGCAUGCAUAUGCUAAUUACUGCGACAGAUGCGGGGCAUGGUUGGAAACUAGCGCGAGAAAAAGGGAACGCGCAGACUAAUCCGGGAAAAACUGAAAAAACUUAUGGGCAGAGAAAAAAGGACCAGAGGGAGUACAUGGCGAGUUAAUCUGUUGGUGAAACUUUAUUGGUUGGAAACCUGGAAGAUGAGUCACUUGGAUGCUGCUAUUGAAGUGAUUGUGUCUGUUACCUUGGUCAAUCUGUUUUCUUGUUUGCUACUUUGGUUAAGUCAAGUAUUUUGUUAAGUACUCGUGCUGAAAUUUUAAUUAAAUAUAUCAUGUCUUAUCAUUGUUCA